CAUCGGCUUUCGAUAUGGCGCUCACGUCACUGUGUUUCGUCCUCUCCACGCUGAGUGUCACUCCGCACCGAUCCCAGUUCUUCCAGUAUGACCGCAUCACUCUGACCUGUGUGGCAAACUCCGGCAGUUGGACAGUGAAGAGGACAGUUUCCAGCAUCGCUGGUCAGGAAUGUCAGCACGGCUGGGCCAUCCCCAGCAACUCUUCCUGCACCAUUGAGGACGCCUACCCAGAGGACUCUGGGGAGUACUGGUGUGAAUCUCAGGGAGGAGGAUGCAGCAACAGGGUCAACAUCACCGUAACUGCUAACAGUGUGAUCCUGGAGAGCCCACCGCAUCCUGUUGAGGAGGGAGAAAAUGUUACUCUACGUUGUUUCUACAAAGAAGACAGCAAUGAUGAAUCCACAUCAGAUUUCUCUGCUUAUUUCUAUAAAGAUGAUGUUUUCAUUGGGAGGAAGAUCCCAGCGGAGCUCACUCUGAAAGCAGAGGAAGGUUUCUACAAGUGUCAACAUCCUUCUGGAAGAGAAUCACAACAGAGCUGGUUGGCAGUGAAAGCUAAAAAUCAACCAACAGAUUUUCCUCCCACUUCUCCUCCUGUCAUAUUUUGGCCCAGAUUAAUAUGUGGCUCUGUGCUCUUCAUCUUCUACACCUUCAUCCUCAUCUUGUGUAUACACAUAUACAGGAAAUGGGCUCCAGUUCGAGUUGAUAACAGAACAAAUGCUGGUGAUGAUGGAGAAAAGAGAAGACGAUGAGGAAGAAGUGGAGAAAUCAAUGUAAACAAUUAGUCCUGUUUAUGAGUUAAACAGUUAUAUAGAGACCAAGUUAUUCAUCUGUUUAUCUCAAUAUAGAUUUAUCAAUUUAUUGUCAUUUCUUUGGAAACAUUUGAUUUUCCUCUGUACUGAAUAUCACUUCAUCUAUAAAUUGCUCUUUUCCCAGCAUUAAACAUGACAUUCAUAAUUCCUGCUACUUGAUAUGUUUUUCCUUUAACCAGAAGGAAAAACUAGAAGGUGAAGGUAAAUCUAGAUUUACCAGAUUUGCCGUCUGGUAAAUCUAAAUCAAUAAGCAAAGUUCAAAUGUGGAGUUUCUGAAGGCUUAAUUAUUGAGCUACAUUUGUUUAGCAUUUAUGAUGACACCAGUUUAGAUUAUGUUGUACCUAUGAUAACAGAUUAAUGUAAAAAAAAAAAAUCAGGCAGGUGUGUAUUUUUGUUGAAAACUGUUGAACUUGACUGAUGCCAUUUUUAAUAGUGUUUAUAAUUUAUUGGUCUAUUUUGAAUUAAGCUCUUAUGUAUUUGAACAUUUGAUGCCUUUGUUUAGCUAGUUGGUUCA